GACAUGGAGCUGGAGGGAACUGUAGGUCCGACGCAGGACUUUGUGGAUGGUGAUUGUGAAGACUACGAGGACGAGGACGCAAUUUGGGGUCGUCUGUUUCCUCUUUCUUCGCAUUUUGCUGCUCAAGAAUUUACGAAUGAUGAGUACACUUUCGGACGUGAAAAGACGUGCGAUUACUGCUUUGAUACAAGUGUAGGAAGAAAAAACCCAAACUUAGCAGCCAUCAGCAAAGUACACUUUAGGAUUUACAAGCAAUCAGAUCAAAGCAAUCCAGACGAAUUUGUGGUCUUUGUUCAGGACAAGAGUUCCAAUGGAACAUUUUUGAAUGGAGACAAGAUUGGUCGCAACAAAACACAAGUUCUAAACAACAAUGAUGAGAUAGCUCUGUCACACAAGAAAAACAAAGCAUUCAUAUUUCAUGAUUCGAAUUGUGUCAACAAUCAGGACCUACCGGAGGAAAUGAAAGAAACAUACAGCUUGUCAAAGACAUUAGGAAGAGGCGCAUGUGGUGAGGUCAAGUUGGCCUUCAGAAAAGGAACGUGUGAAAAGUUUGCAGUCAAAGUUAUAUCUAAAAAGAGUUUUUCUAUAGGGCCUCGCAUUGGCCCUGCAGUUCUGGAGGAAGUGAAGAUUCUCAAGGAGCUGCAGCAUCCUUGUGUGAUUGGCAUCGAAGAUGUCUACGAUUCUCCUCAAGCGUUGUACAUUGUUUUAGAGUUGAUGGAGGGUGGUGAACUGUUCGACAGAAUUGUUAAUCAAGGCCGGUUUGACGAGCCUGUGGCCAAAUUCUACUUUUAUCAGAUGCUCCAGGCAAUCAAGUACCUACAUGACAAAGGGAUAACACACCGUGAUGUGAAGCCUGAAAAUGUUCUCUUGGCAUCAGACGCUAGCGAAUCAUUAAUCAAGGUUACUGAUUUUGGUUUGUCUCGAUUUGUUGGUGAGCAAUCUCUAAUGAAGACGCUUUGUGGAACACCCAGUUAUCUUGCUCCCGAAGUCGUAAAAGGCGGUGGAACUGUCGGGUAUACGAAGGCUGUUGAUUGCUGGAGUCUCGGUGUCAUUCUAUAUAUAUGCCUAGCUGGGUACCCACCAUUUUCCGAUGACAUCAAGACACAUACCCUUCAUGAUCAAAUCACCAAUGGAAUUUACUCAUUUCCUGACAAGUACUGGGGCUCCGUUUCAGAGCCAGCUCAAGACUUGGUACGAAAACUGUUAACAGUCAAGCCUGAGGAUCGCAUCACGUGUGAUGAGGCAUUUCAACAUCCAUGGAUGCAGGACCAGAUGGUUGUAGAGCGUGCAAAGAAAGUAAUGGCUGGAGCACACAUCAUGCUUCCUCCAGCUGUUCCUACAAAGAGACCAUCUGAAGACAGGAAUGGCAAUGAGCCUAAACGUCAAUCGACAGACACUGCUACUGAUUGAGCCGAUUGUGCUCAAGAUGAUAGGUUUUUACACAGGUUUGAGAACAGUAGAAGUAAGUGUAGGUUUAUCGACAUAUUUAUUGAUACGUGGCGUGUCCAUAUCAUGCCCUACGCAUUUUACAGUUUAAAUUUGGCUCGUGACAAUGUCUCAAGGUUCUGUCUAGUGCUGUGAAGAGUUUCUUAGAAUCUUGAGUAAAUGCUAGACUGCAUUCCCUCGAAAAAAAGUACAGUGUA